AUGAACUCAAAAGGCUUUUCCGUAACCAAUACACACUCAAUCUAUACGGACGUGAAAAAGAGAAGAAACAGUCGAGAUGAAAGAUUGUCCGAGAUAGAGAAACAACGUCUAUCAUAUCGUUCAUUUUUGGAGUCCAUAAUCACGAAACAGGGACUAUACUUUAUCCGUUUACCUCGAAUCCAGUAUCCUGGGCAGUGGCCGGACACAAAUAGUGACGAUUUUGUACAAUCUCUAACGCAACCGGAUGAAGACCAGUCCACGUAUCACACAGCAAGUCUUUCCGUUCACAGUGCCAUAUCCGGAGUGAGUAGAAGAAAUAAAUCAAAAAAAAGUCGAACGGCUUCUUUUCGACGACGAGGCCUAGAACGAGCAUACAGUUACGAUGAACGAACCAGUGCAGGAACGAAAACAAGUUUCGGCGAUCUGCCAUUCGAUUACCAAAGACACAGUCGAUUUCGACAUCGGUCAGUUAAUCGAGCAAAGCUGCUAGAAGAGUUGAAAUUCCAUUUAAUUUACGAUGAGCCGAGUAGAACUUAUAAACCUGGUACUCGCAUAGCAUCGCGUCAUAUAUUCCGGGUGGUAAACACUCUGCAUCAAAGUUUGCGCAGAGCAUACGGUUUAGACUGUAUAAAUGAAGCUAUCCAGUGGGUCAACCGGGAACUCAGACCCAAACGAAAACUGCCAAGAUUGUCUGUCUCUACGGUGCGUCUUCCUCAGUCACCAGUUGAACGUCCCUCAUUUCAGACAACGUAUCAUGUGGAUACAGUGGACAAAGGUAACUGGCUCAAAUUGAGCUUAUUAGUCGCCCCCACCGAAGAGGACACUAGAAAACUGACUUCUUGCAGACGGUUUCGAUUUCGCAUCAAGGACGAUAUUCCACUGAUUGUGUUGAUGAUUGCCGUGGCGGAUCGGUUCAAUCUACGUGACCCGGCUCGAGUAAAAGUAAGAAUUCGACGAUCACGGGACAUUCUGAGCGCACCACUUCGACCGUGCGAAACUGCCGAACAAUUGGGACUACAAAAUGGUGAUCGUCUAUUGGUCGUGCUCGAACGUAACGAAACGCAGACGAGCCCCGAUAAGUCCCGCCCCGUCUGA